AUGGAUCCUCGCCAUGCUGGUCGGACGCCUUCUCCAGGACAGCCCCUCCAUGGCUAUCAGCUAGAAGACGGACCAUACAGACCGCAACAGACCCCAAUACAGAUGCAGAUGGGGCAGGGCGACAGGUUGGCGGCGCAGCCUACCUACUCUGUCCAGAACAUCGGGAACUCAUACAACCACAAUGAGCAGUAUGAAGCGCAGAAUCCAGUUUCCGCUCAUGACUAUGGUUAUGGGGGAAGCGAAUAUGCCAUCUCUCCAGAAGACCACCACGACCAGUACUUUACGGAGCCGUAUGAGCCCCACCCACAAGAUCAGGCACAAUACUACGAUGAUAAUGACCAUCAGCCCAUAUUGCAGCCCGAUAACCCAUACGGGCCAAACCCGCACUCCCCUGGACCUGGUCUAAAAAGCGCCUACGAUGGUGUUCAACCGGGCCCAGCUCCCACCCCCGCGCCAAUCAGACGAUGGAAGACUGUGAAGGAAGUUCAGCUCUUCAACGGGAAUCUUGUCCUCGAUUGUCCUAUACCACCCAAGCUGUUGAGCCAAAUCCCGCAUGCAGAGCCCCCAGAAAGAGACGAGUUCACACACAUGCGAUACUCAGCAGCUACCUGUGACCCUUCGGAGUUCUACGACUCGAGAUUCACGCUGCGGCAGCGGCUUUUUGCAAAGCCCCGACAUACGGAGCUUUUCAUCGUAGUCACUAUGUACAACGAAGAUGAAUUCUUAUUUGCAAGAACCAUGACCGGUGUGUUCAAAAACAUCGAGCACAUGUGUUCACGGACGAACAGCAAGACAUGGGGAAAAGAGGCCUGGAAGAAGAUCGUGGUGUGCGUAGUGAGCGACGGACGUGCGAAGAUAAACCCACGGACGAGAGCUGUGCUAGCAGGUCUUGGGGUGUAUCAAGAUGGGAUUGCCAAGCAACAAGUUAGCGGCAAGGAUGUGACAGCACAUAUCUACGAAUACACCACCCAGGUGGGUAUAGAGCUGAAAGGCAAGACCGUCCUACUCAAACCUAGGGGAGCCACACCUGUGCAAAUGGUAUUUUGCUUGAAGGAAAAGAAUCAAAAGAAAAUCAACUCGCAUCGAUGGUUCUUCCAAGCCUUUGGUCGUGUCCUGGACCCCAACAUCUGCGUUCUCUUGGAUGCAGGAACGAAGCCGGGAAAGGAUUCUAUCUACCAACUGUGGAAAGCCUUCGAUCUAGAGCCCAUGUGCGCUGGCGCCUGUGGCGAAAUCAAGGUCAUGUUGAGUGGAGGUAAGAAACUCCUCAACCCGUUAGUCGCCACACAGAACUUUGAGUACAAAAUGAGCAACAUACUGGACAAGCCGCUCGAGUCAGCUUUUGGCUUCAUUUCUGUCUUGCCUGGGGCUUUCUCUGCCUACCGCUAUAUAGCACUGCAGAAUGACAAGACCGGUCAAGGCCCCCUAGAGAAAUACUUCAAGGGUGAGAAGAUGCACGGUGCCAAUGCUGGUGUCUUCACAGCGAACAUGUACCUGGCCGAAGAUCGGAUCUUGUGCUUUGAGCUAGUAGCGAAGCGGAAUUGCCGAUGGAUUCUCCAAUAUGUCAAAUCAGCUACGGGCGAAACAGAUGUACCAGACGCCAUGGCUGAAUUCAUCAUGCAGCGAAGGAGAUGGUUGAACGGCAGUUUCUUCGCUGCAAUUUACGCCCUGGCACAUUUUUACCAGAUCCAACGCACGGAUCACAGCUUCUUCAGAAAGAUAAUGUUCCUCAUCGAGUUCACAUACCAGACCAUCAACAUGAUCUUCGCAUGGUUCGCAAUUGGCAAUUUCUUCCUCGUCUUCCACAUCCUUACAAACUCUCUUGGCGAUAAACAACUUCUCUCCACGGCAGGCCAUAUUCUUGGAAUCGUUUUCGAAUGGGCGUACCUUGCCAUCCUCCUCACUUGCUUCGUCCUGGCUCUCGGCAACCGGCCCCAGGGUUCUAACAAGCUCUACAUGACUCAGGUAUAUUUUUGGUGCUGCAUAAUGGCUUACCUGUUAUUCGCCUCUGUCUUCAUUACUGUUCGCUCUAUCCAAAUCGAAACAGCAGAGAAAGGCUUCACCGUCAAGGACCUCUUCGCCAACCAGCUUUUCUUCACACUCAUCGUAUCCCUCCUCUCAACCUAUAUCCUCUACUUCGUCAUCUCCUUCCUCUUCUUCGACCCCUGGCAUCUCUUCACCUGCUUCAUCCAGUACCUCCUUCUAACCCCUACCUAUAUUAACAUCCUUAACGUCUACGCUUUCUGCAACACACACGACAUCACCUGGGGCACAAAAGGCGAUGACAAAGCCGAAAAACUCCCUUCCGCAACUCUCAAACCUGGCGGCAAAGUCGACGUCAAUAUCCCGCAAGAUGAUGGCGACCUGAACGCCCAAUACGACGCCGAAAUGCGUACUUUCGCUACAAAAGCCGCCAAAGAGGUCAAAGUCGUCAGCGAGGCGGAACACCAGGAGGACUAUUACAAAGGAUUCAGAAGUGCGGUUGUGCUGUGCUGGAUGUUUUGUAAUUUGGCGCUUGCUGCGGUGGUGUUGGGGGUCGGUGGGCUGGAGACUGUAAAGGUGGGCAAGGAGACGACGGAUGGGGCGCAGAGAAGUACGAUUUAUAUGGCCGUGGUGCUGUGGAGUGUGGCGGGGUUGUCCCUAUUUAGGUUUAUUGGGGCGGUGUGGUUUUUGAUUGUGAGAUUGUUCCGAGGAGUCUAG